UUUAACUUCCACACCACCAGCGCCGCCGCAGUGAAGUGGUAAAGAAUGAAGCCAGAGGCGAGGGUGGACCGAUGUAGAGUCCGAGACUUAGUAUCAUCAUGCUUCAAUACUUGCCGCCUACCUUUACCAGAAGAAGAAGAAGUGGGCACCAACACAAGCGAUGAAGCUGCAGCCAUGAAAGCAAACAAGGCAUCAUCAAAUAACAGCCGGCGGCUGGCAGCAGAGGCUGAGCCACUCUUUGCCGAGGAAGAUUACAUAGUGUUUUGCUUCGGGGAAGAUGGGGAGAUUCUAAAUAAUGAUAGGAGAUCAACCUCAACCUCAACCUCAACCGCCAUUACUGCAAAGAAUGAAGUUGAUGAGCAGCCAAAUGCAAGCAAAAUGGAGUCCUCUUUUGAGUCUUGUGAUUCUUCUAGUGUAUCAGACACCAGCACCUCCAGCUCCUUUGCCUUCCCACUGGUGGGAAUGGAGUGGAUAGGAAGCCCCCUUCAUAGGCCCAAGGAAGAAAAACGGGACACCUACAGACGAUGCUCUACAUUCUAAGUUAUGUUUGUGGAUUUUGAUUUAUGAGGCAUUAAGCUUACUUCCCUGCGCUUUAUUGCCCCAUAAUGUAAUUUUUAAUAUCAGACAUCGGAAAGAGUUUUUUUGAAUGGUAAAGAAUUGGU